CCAGCAUCUAGCGGCUGAACAUAUGGAGUCAUAUUGGGCUCGAAGAACUCCAGCUUUGUGUUAUGGGGUGUAUAAGUGUUGGACUGGCGCUGAUAUGAGACAGGUAGAUAGCACGCUCGAUGACAUCCAAGCCUAUCAAGAGAUACCGGACUCUCCUUUUGAUAAUCAUUGAGUCUGGUGUCCUCGUUACUAUUGCAAAGGCGUUUGAGUUUGGUCUAUAUCAAUACGCGCCGGGCGAUGGCUUAAAUGGUCUCAAUGCGAUGUACAUUCCUUUUGAUUGUAUGCCACAGACAAUGGGUAUCGUCCCAACAUUGAUUGUCAUCGCUGUUAAUAAAAAUAUGAUGGCUAAUCUUACCGUCUUAACCUACCCCUCGGAUUACCGUUGUGGAGUGCUCCGGCACGGAGACGUAGAAGAUGUUACUGUAGAAAAGAUACAAUUUGCGCAAAACUCAUAUCAAGCUCCAGGCGACGAAACAGAGUUCUCAGAGGGGCCUGCCUCACAAGGGCCUGCCACCAUUCUGCUUCAGGACGUCAAGCCUGAGGGAGCCGUGUCCAUGGAUGAACCUGGAGUCUAUCGCAUCCAAUCUGUGCCCUGAAGAGCUUUUUCAUUUUCCUAUACAUUCAAUGUGUUUUAUUAGGCUUUCCGCAUAUAGUAGUUGUAUUUUCCCUUCUUCAUCGGGCGUAUGUCCAAGGGUCGCGCUACUACAAGACAGCAGAAUGCUUCCUCUUCUUCCUCUAUCCAUUUAUCAGCGACUGUGAUGAUCCAGUUGUCCACACCCGCUUCUAUCCGCUCCUAAAAGAAAGAA